UUACACAGAGGUGGUAUCGGAACGUCGUUGACUUUUCGAUCAUCAUGGAUUGUAAAAUCGUCGGUUUCUUGGCUGUUUUGUUAACCGUCGCCCGUGCAGGAAUAAUCGGACAGAGCGCAGGAUUGAUCGCUCCGGGUGCGGCAACGGUAGCAGCAGCAGCAGCAGCAGCUCUUCCACCGGCUGCUAUCGUCAGAACUGAAAAUUACGAUCCGAAUCCUCAAUACAGUUUCAGUUACAGCGUUGCCGAUGGCCUUACGGGUGACAACAAAGCGCAAGAGGAAACUCGUAACGGCGACGUGGUUCAAGGUAGUUACAGCUUGAUCGAACCGGACGGUUCGCGACGAGUGGUCUCGUAUGCCGCCGACCCUAUCAACGGUUUCAACGCUGUCGUUCAGAAGGACCCUAGCAUCACGGUGAAGACUGCACUCGCCGCGGCGCGACCUGUCGUCGCACGACCAGCCUCGGUAAUCGCUGCUCCAUCCGCUGUAGCUGCUGUCCGUCCACAGGCUGCACUGUUGGGUGCUCCGAUAUUGAGACAACCGCUACUAGCAGCACCGACGGUAGCUGCUACGAACGUACUCGCCGCCAACACAGGAUUGGUAGGCCUUGGCGUGGGUCUUGGACUUCGACCAGGCUCUCUUUACGGUACGCAGGCUCUACUCGCGGGUGCUUACGGUACCGGAAGCAUCGUUAAGGUUCAUUAAAGUAGAAGGACUGGAUGUAAAACUCAAUUCGACUCGGCACUCUAUUUCUGCUUUGCUCUAGCGAAGGGCAAAGUUGAGAUAACAAUGACAAGCGCAUACACACACGUGCAUUCUGUGACAGAUAAUUUCAUUAUCACCGCGACAUCGUGUCAUACUUGUAAAU